CGGAAGCGGCUCUUGGACACCCCGGGCGCCGGAGUGCAGCUAUGGCUGCGGGUGUUCCCUGUGCGCUUGUCACAAGCUGCUCCUCCACCUUCUCUGGAGACCGGCUGGUCCAACACAUCCUUGGAACAGAAGAUCUUCUUGUGGAAGCCACUGCGAAUGAUGCCGUGAGAUUUUAUCCUUGGACCAUUGAUAAUAAGUACUAUUCAGCCGACAUCAAUCUAUGUGUAGUGCCGAACAAGUUUCUUGUCACUGCAGAGAUUGCAGAGUCUGUCCAAGCAUUUGUGGUUUACUUUGACAGCACACAAAAAUCUGGUCUUGAUAGUGUCUCCUCAUGGCUUCCCCUGGCAGAAGCGUGGUUACCUGAGGUGAUGAUCUUGGUCUGUGAUAGAGUGUCUGAGAAUGGUGUAAACCGACAAAAAGCUCAAGAAUGGUGUAUAAAACAUGGCUUUGAACUGGUAGAACUUAGUCCAGAAGAGUUGCCUGAGGAGGAUGAUGACUUCCCAGAAUCUACAGGAGUAAAGCGAAUUGUUCAAGCCUUGAAUGCCAAUGUCUGGUCCAACGUAGUGAUGAAGAAUGAUAGGAACCAAGGCUUUGGCCUUCUCAGCUCAUUGGCUGGAGCAAACCAUAGCAUUGGAUCAGCAGACCCGUGUCACUCAGAGCAGCCCCGUUUGCCAGCAGCAGAUAGGACUGAAUCCCUCCUGGAUCGUCGGAGUGGUGCAGCUAAUACAGCAGAUGCUCAGGUCGAUAGCAUUGUGGAUCCUAUGUUAGAUCUGGAUAUUCAAGAAUUAGCCAGUCUUACUACGGGCGGAGGAGAUUUGGAGAAUUUUGAAAGACUGUUUUCAAAGUUAAAGGAAAUGAAAGACAAGGCUGCGACGCUUCCUCACGAGCAGAGAAAGUUGCAUGCAGAAAAGGUUGCCAAAGCCUUCUGGAUGGCAAUUGGGGGAGACAGAGAUGAAAUUGAAGGCCUUUCAUCUGAUGAAGAACACUAAAUUAUUCCUACUAGGGUUUGACCAACAAAGAUGCUAACUCUCACGACCUGAGAUACUUUCCUAUCAACCCCGUUAUGUUUUGCUGAACUUUCCAUCAUCAUGUUGGCUGCCUGAUUUGUUCAUAGGAUCCUCUUAAUUUUAGUUUUUAGUAGAGGGUUAAGGAGAAAGUUUUUCUCCCUCAGGAUAUUGUAAAGGAGUGAGGAGUAUAAUGACAGUAAGGACUGAUAAUUUUUCAAAUAUGCUUUUUUGUUCUAGGAAUGGGAGUGAAUAAGGGGCUCAGAGGUUGUGUGUGAUUUGCCCAAGUUAACACGUUAAGCGCCCAGUCAGUCACCGGUGACGGACACUAUACUUUCCGUCUGGAAGACAAAACAGGCUGGCGCUUAACAUGUUAAAGAAGCAGCCACUUUAGUCAACUUUCUGUAGCAUGCCCUGUGGUCACGCUUGAUUCUGCAGAUCAGGAGCUUGUGCCACCUUUCCUGGGUGUUCUUGAUUUUCUGCCUCCAAGGAGCUUGCUGCUCUGAGCUUUGAUGCUUUUGCUGGGAAGAAAGGAAGCAGCUGCAGAUUCGAUUUGUGCUGUAGUAUAGGUGGGGCCAGUGGCAGUGGCCCUCAGGUUAAUAUCUAGCUCAAAAGUUGCUCUGGGCAUUUCAAUUAAAGUAUAGUGUCUGAGCUCAUGCUAGAAAGUAUUGAGGAGCCAGUGUAUAAUAAAUGAGGCAAAGGUUUCCUACUCUGGUAGGGAUAAAACAGAUCCCUUUACAAAGUUGGGGGGUAGGGGGUGUGGGUGCGGUUUGCAUGUGUGUAAGAGACAGAGGGGAACGUAAGUAAUUCUCUAUAAUGGGCCGUUGAAACAAUCUGAUCACACACGGAAGUUUUGGCAUUGCCUUUAUCAUGAAUAAACUCUUCUUCCUUAGA